AUGCCCCUCUUAUCUAUCCACCCCAUCUCCUCGGUUCCUCGCAUUCUCCGCCGGGCGCCGCCGGGAAUCUACUCCUACCCCCCGCCUUCUUCCUCCAUUCCGAUGGAACGCGUUUCCCUCAGUCCGGCACGGUCAGUACGUGUCGGGUUUCUGGGUUCUGCUACGGAACCAGCUGUGGUUAGGUUUAUUGCGCAUGGUCUCAGCGCCGGUGCGGUGGAUCUGCUUCAUGAUGCCGGAGCUACGGCGGCGAUUCUCGUCGGCGGAUACGCUUGUGUGUUCGCUUUUAAUGAUUUGACCCGGCGGGAGGUUCUUCAACAGAAUCUGAGCAGAAAACUGGUUCAUAUGCUCUCUGGAUUGCUCUUUCUCGCUUCCUGGCCAAUUUCAGGUACCCUAUAUCUCUGUUAGAAAAUUCCUCAUAU